GUGGACGUGAUCCGCGAGGAGGAGGGGACGCUGGAGUUCGACAUGGUGGGCAUCGACGCCGCCAUCGCCAACGCCUUCCGCCGCAUCCUGCUCGCCGAGGUGCCAACAAUGGCUGUAGAGAAAGUUUUUGUGUACAACAACACGUCCAUUGUGCAGGAUGAAAUUCUGGCUCAUCGCUUGGGCCUCAUCCCUAUCCGAGCUGACCCUCGACUCUUCGAAUAUAGAAACCAAGGAGAUGAAGAAGGCACAGAAAUUGACACUCUGCAGUUCCAACUGAAAAUAAAAUGUAGCCGAAACCCUCGGGCAGCCAAGGAGUCAUCAGAUCCUAAUGAACUAUAUUUCAAUCACAAAGUGUACAGUAAACAUAUGACAUGGGUGCCCUUGGGGAAUCAGACGGACCUCUUUCCAGAUGCUGACUUCCGACCUGUUCACGAUGACAUCCUCAUUGCACUGUUGCGACCUGGCCAGGAAAUAGAUGUGCUAAUGCACUGUGUCAAGGGUAUAGGUAAAGAUCAUGCCAAGUUUUCUCCUGUGGCCACAGCUAGUUAUCGACUACUUCCUGACAUUACUCUCCUGCAGCCUGUUGAGGAUGAGGCAGCUGAGAUGUUGCAGAAGUGCUUUUCCCCUGGAGUCAUUGAGAUCCAGAACAUCAAAGGAAGAAAGGUGGCAAGAGUAGCCAAUGCUCGGUUGGACACGUUCAGCAGAGAAGUUUUCCGUCAUGAGGGUCUGAAAAACCUUGUGCGCCUGGCAAGAGUGCGAAACCAUUACAUCUUUUCAGUGGAGUCGACGGGUAUCUUGCCUCCAGAUGUGCUGGUGAGCGAAGCCAUCAAGAUCCUGAUGGGAAAGUGCCAGCGCUUCCUGAAUGAGCUGGACUCUGUGCCUAUGGAGUGACCUGACCGUAGCUGGGAAGCAUAUCCCCGCACUGCUGUUCUGGGCUUCUGCACCUGCCUGCAGGGGUGAUUC